AUGUAUAUAUUGGCUUUUGCCGUCAUUCUUACCAUCUUCGUGAAAAAGUCAAAUGCUGUCUCAACCGUUGUCGACACUGAUAAGCCUCAGUUUGGGACCGAGAACAUUGAGGCCUCAGCAACCGUGCGAGCUGUCGAAGAUGAAGGGGCUCUCAGUCAUUCUUUGCGCGCUGAAGUUCCUAGCACUUUACCCACACCGUCCAUCAACCCAAAUGCGCCUGACGUCGCUGAUAACCCAUUAAAUCCGUCAAAUGACGGAGUUCCUGACAGUCAUCUAACAGGCGGCGUUAAAGCAACUCUUGAUCAUGAUUCAACCCAUGCUUUUGUCAAAGACAUACAUGAGACUCCGGUUGCAGCCGAAAAUACGCAUCCGUCAGCUGAAAUAGAUGCAGAGGCCUUUAAGGCGAAAUUUGCUUUAUUAGUUGACAAGCUUGACGAGUCUGAAGCCAACAAAGAGAAGUUGAUUCCAUCUUUUAAUAAAAGAUGGAGUGCUCAAUUGCUCGCAAAGCCAGAAACAAAAGGUGAGAUCGCGACAAUGUUUCUUCAUACUUUGCUCAAAUUGCAUUACGAUGAAGAUGCCGUCCGUGAACUAUUAAAUGACGAUGCCAACUUGAAUCGGUGGUUCUCACAUGUACUUAAACAUUGA